ACACACUCUCUCUCUGUGGAAACUUCCUGACCAAGAAUUUCAGAGUCAAUAUAUUUACGCGCAAUUCUAGUUUUCUAUACCUUUUCGCUCUCUAUCUGAAUCUGCAACAAGUUCUACAUUAAAACGCCUCAGGACUUGAGAAAAUCCUCUCUUUUUUUUUUGUUUUCUUGUAAUGGGUUUCUCCAGACCAAAACUGGGUUUCCUCGGAUGGCCUGGUCUUGUUGGGUUCGUCAGGCUUUUGUUGGUGUUUCUCUUGUGGUCUACCUUGUCGGAGAUCCGCUUCAUUCCAUCAUCUUCUAUGUACCCGACUCUUUGUGUGGGUGAUCGAGUCAUUAUUGAAAAGGCCUCAUAUUACUUCAGAAGUCCUGCUAUACAUGACAUUGUCACAUUUCAUGCUCCAAAAGAGCAGGCUGGAUUCAAGGAGGGAGACGUAUUUAUCAAGAGAAUUGUUGCAAAGGCUGGAGACUCUGUUCAGGUUCAUCGCGGAUUACUCUAUGUGAAUGGAAUUGCUCAGAAUGAAGAUUUCAUACCAGAACUGCCUAAAUACACUUUAACGUUAACUCAUGUGCCUAAAGAUCAUGUUUAUGUGUUGGGAGACAACCGCAACAACAGCUACGACUCCCGCUUUUGGGGACCGGUUCCUGUGAAAGACAUUAUUGGAAGAUUUGUCCUACGUCUUCAUCGGCCUUCAAGUUGAUCAAGAAUAAUCAUAUGCAUAUGUACUUGCCAUGGAAUUUGAAGACAAUGAAUGAAAUCCUGUUAUGUGACUGUAGAUGAAGACCCUUUGAUGUCACAAAGCAAACGUUUGUUUUUCUUCUGUUUUUAUUUCUUCACAGAUAAAAUGAAAAGCACCCAACACAAGCC